AAUUGUCAGAGAGCAAUGAGCGACAGAUUGUGUGUGAGAGAGAGAGAGAGAUAGAGAGAGGGGGAGUUGGAGGAGAACAGUGGUCAGUGAGGCAACACUCAGCUCUCAGUAGUGGAUGAAUACAACAGCGUGAAGAACUCUCUCCUCUCUUCUCUCUUCUCUGCUCCCAUCUUCCUUCCCUUCUUUCUUUCCUUCACUGGUUCAAUCUGUUGGAUUACUAUCCUGUCUUUCCUGGACUGUGUUUGGAGGAGAUAUCACACACACAUACACACAUUUGAUUUUAGAGAGUGUGUGUGUGUGUGUGUGUGUGUGAUUGGAGAAGAACUGCUCGUGUCGAAGAGAAAUACACACUCGGCUGUCUCUCAUACCGAGAGGAGAGAGAGAGAUUUCUGGAGUGUCUGGCUGAACAAUCAAACGGAGAUUGAGGGAUGUGACAGAGAGGACUUCUUCUAGCAAUAACAGAUCUGUCCAUUCCAAUCGUCAGGAUGUCCGGUAUGGACUUCCCAUUGGAGGAGCUGAACAGAACCGAAAUCUCCCCAGACAACGGAAACUUCCUGAGGUUCUCCCCCACCUCCGUUUCCACUGCAGCCGCGGCGGCGGGGACAGGGUUGUCGUCGGGGCGACAGGAGAAUGUUUACGUGUACGUGUGGAUCUUCCUCAGUCUGCUGGUGUUCCUGCUGUCGACGAUCAUCAUCGCCCUCCACAGGCUAAAGAACAUCAUUACAUCAUCAUCCUCUGUAGCUGACUGCAGCAGUGAGGGGGGCAGCUCAUUCACCAACAUGGAGAUCUGUAGUAUAUCUUCACAGAGGUCCACCGUGUCCUCACUGUCCAUCUGAGAGACACACACACACAUAUACACACACAAAUACACACACACACACACACACACACACACACACACACACACACACACACACACACACACACACACACACACACACACACACACACACACACACACACACACACACGUAUACAAGCUUUUCAGUUGGACCAUAUGGGACUUUACUUCGAUGUGUUAAGGCGGUAGCUUGAACUGAACUCUGAACCCUCUGUGACUUCUCCUUUUGGCUCAUGGGAAACAUAGUUCACUGUGUAAAAAAACAGAACCAGGAAGAGGGAGAGAGAACUCUGUUUUUGAAUCUGGGGUAUAUUUACUACGACCCAAACGGAAGCAAAAGGGCCGAAAACAUUUUUCUACGGUGUGCAAUAAUGAAACACCAAGAGGUCUGUUUCGAUUCUUGCCUCCAUGGAAUACAACUUUGAAAUCUUAGAAGUCCUCAGGCAAGUUGGCCGGGGUUUAAUCUUAUCUAGUGUCGCUUUCAGUGUGAUUUAUAUCGGUCUUUCUCUUUUUAUUUGAAAUAGGAAACAACCGCUUCUGUUACUAAUUCCACAUGGAUUAACAUUAUGUGACUGUUAUGUUUAUCUCAGAUAACAUAUCUCAUCCAGGAUUGCUUUAAUUCAAAGUUCAUCUUUCUCUGGCUGUGUACAAAAUGGUACCAUAUUCCCUAUAUAAUUGGCUCUGGCCAACAGUAGUGUUCUCUAUAGGGAAUAGGACGCCAUUUCAGACUUGUCCCCUCUGCUGUUUUCUUUCUGUAAUAUCCUAAAUCUUUACUGUUUCCAGGGCAACCUGUACUAACCUGGUUUAACUGUGAAGUAUAGUUCUUUCUGUAAUAUCAAAAUAUCUCUACUGUUUCCAGGGAAACCUGUACUAACCUGAUUUUAGUGCAAAGUAUAGUUCUUUCUGUAAUAUCAAAAUAUCUCUACUGUUUCCAGGGCAACCUGUACUAACCUGAUUUAACUGCGAAGUAUAGUUCUUUCUGUAAUAUCAAAAUAUAUCUACUGUUUCCAGUGCAACCUAUACUAACCUGGUUUAACUGUGAAGUACAUACUGAAUCAGACCUCAUAUUUGAUUAUUUUGAAAGUAUUGAAUUGUAAUGGACUGGAUAUCGAGAAGGUUCAACAAUAAAAAAUAUUAACAUUUGUAA